AUGUCGACAUCGGGAUUUUCGCCGAACUCCAUCAAACCUGCACCAACGACUACAACAAAUGAAAAUGAUGAAAAGAGCGAUUUAUCCAGUAAAAUAUUUGAGAAGAGGUACACCAGUGGACCAGUUCACCAUCCUGAACCAUUGUUGUCGCCGUCAAAGAGACAGUUUCUCAAACAAAUGAGCCCAAACAUAACGAAAAAGCAGCAUCGAGUUAUAUCAAACGAGCCUAUAUCCAAGCCGCCCAACUUUGUCAGCGGGAAUACCAAAAAAGAGUCCAACUUUCCCAGACCCCAGUUACCGCAUUUGUUGAAAAAACCGAGUUUGGAUCAGAGGUCGAAGACUACCAUUGCGGUACCAUCAAUGGCAACCGCUGCUUCUUCUUCUUUCUCCUCCUCCUCCUCUUCUUCUUCUUCAUUGUCGGUACCAUUCACGCUACGUCGAUCAAACUCGCUAUUGAGCCGAACAAGCAGCUCAUCAAUAGAGCAACAAAAGUUGAAAGCUUCUGAUAGAUUCAUACCAUCACGACACUAUUCGGCUACGAGGAAAUUGGAUCCAGCAGCGCCAGAACCGGAGCCAAAUGCGUCACCUCAAAAGCAUAUUGAAGCCCAAACUUCCAAAAUAUAUCAGCAUCAUGUUGCAGAAGCUUGCGGACUAGAGGUGAACUCGAGAAUACUACUUUAUCAGCCUUUACCGCCAGAAAGAAAGAAACCUUUGAAUUUGCAAGCGUCUAAAUAUAAAGUUGGAAACAAGUCACUUCCGCCUUUACUUGCAUCAGCGAGAGCAAAGAAAAUACCUGUAGCGCCUGAAAGGGUUUUGGAUGCUCCAGGGUUGGUUGACGACUUUUACCUCAACCUAUUAGCCUGGUCGCUGUACAAUUUAUUGGCAAUUGGGCUAGAAGAUGCGGUGUAUGUUUGGAAUGCAUCGACGGGUUCAGUAGGAUUGCUAUGCGAACUACCCGAGAAAACUUUGGUGACGUCAUUGAAAUGGUCGCAAGAUGGCUCGUACGUGUCGAUUGGGAAGGAGGAUGGGUUGAUUGAAAUAUGGGACAUUGAACAGAAUGUCAAAUUAAGAACAAUCAAUUGUGAUAACCACUUGACGAGAAUAACAUCGCAAGCAUGGAGUCAGCACACUUUAACCAGUGGAAGUAGGAUUGGAAACUUGUACCACUCUGAUGUGAGGAUUGCAUCACACUUGGUAUCAAAAGCCGAGGGGUGUCAUAGCUCAGAAAUCUCUGGCAUAGAAUAUAGACCGGAUUUAAAACAAUUUGUUACCGGUGGGAAUGAUAAUUUGGUCAAUAUAUGGGACGUUAGAAAUAACAGCCCCUUAUUUUCCAAGAGGAACCAUAAAGCCGCUGUAAAAGCGAUGUCGUGGUGUCCGUAUCAGACCACCUUGCUAGCCACAGGGGGGGGUUCUACUGAUAGAACAAUAAAUUUCUGGAAUACUAGCACCGGUGCUCGAGUGAGUACAAUUGAUACAGGUUCGCAAAUCUCAUCACUAAAUUGGGGAUAUGCUGGAGGCACGGGAAUGGAGAUUGUCGCAACACAUGGGUUCCCUACUAAUAGCAUAUCUUUGUUUAAUUAUCCAACUUUACAAAAGACGGGUGAAAUCAUGAAUGCCCAUGAUACAAGAAUAUUGAACGGGUGUUUAAGUCCAGACAAUCUAACCCUUGCAACCAUUGCCGGGGAUGAGAAUUUAAAGUUUUGGUCUUUAUUUGACAUGGACAAGUCGUAUAAACGGAUUUAUAACGAAGAGGAUGUCGAUGAGAACAAUGAUGUGAAAGAGCACAAGAGGAUUAAAAGGAUGAUGAGUUUUAGGUAA